GUCCUGAUCAGAUGAAUAAUAUCACUACUAUGGUUUCCAAGACAACUGACAAACAUCACCAUGGCAAUGCCGAACAUUCAAACAAUAGUGUCCAAGAUGAUCCUGAUCAUCGUAACCUAGGAUACCAGGAAAGCCAGGACCAUGUCAACAAUGAUCAGGCUCAUCUAAGUCACAAACAUUCACAAAGUUUAUAUGGUCAUCAUCAUGACGAUGUAGAGGAUAACAAUGACCAUCAUCAUCACCAUCAUCAUCACCAUGGCGCCAACAUGAAUGAUGGAAUAGCCUCCGUCGCUUGGAUGGUUAUCAUGGGUGACGGCCUUCAUAACUUCAGCGACGGGCUGGUUGUCGGUGCUGCCUUUUCUGACAGCAUCACCGGUGGAAUUAGUACAUCUGUUGCUAUCUUCUGCCACGAGUUACCGCAUGAAUUGGGAGACUUCGCUAUUCUACUAUCUUCUGGGAUGGCGGUGAAGCAAGCUGUGAUGUAUAGUCUGUUAUCGUCGAUAUUGAGUUACAUCGGCAUGUUUAUUGGGAUCGCCAUCAGCAAUAUCAAAACGGCGAGUUUGUGGGUUUUCGCGCUGGCCGGUGGAAUGUUUCUUUAUAUAGCCCUUGUUGAUAUGCUACCAGAAAUGAUGCAUGGCGAGAAGAAACGGCAGUGGUUAACUUUGCUGCUACAGAAUGUUGGUAUUCUACUCGGAAUUGGUAUUAUGUUAAUUAUUGCACUCUUUGAGGAAAAACUACUUGUAGCCCUGCAGUAGUUGCCAUAGUAACAAGUCUUCCAGUACAUCUCAUUAUUUAUUGACACUUACAGAGGGC